CCUAAUCCACCCUAAUCCACGAUGGCUUCCAGUGGAUGCACUAUACUGAGAUAUUCAGUGGAUUAUGAUCUACCCACUCCACUCGAGCAGCCAGUGGAUUGAGUGGAGUGGCUUUCAACCCUGGAUCAGACAAGCCUUGAGGCAACCACGGGCGUCGCUUUCUCCAUCCCAGUUCUCAGAUGACAAGUUUGAAAGCUUUUAGAGAGCCGAUGCACAUGCGUCUAAAGAGAGUCAGGUCACGGCGGACGUCAUUCCUAUUAUCGAAGGCAACAUCGAAGACAGAAACUGUGUUGCUCGUCAAGUUCUAUUCACCAACUUUCACCACCUUACCGACGGUACGCUCGUACCAGGCAACCCCGGAUGUAAUAUACUACGGCGCUCGUCCCGAACAGCUUGAUCAAAAAGUGCGCCACGAGCUUGAUGGUUAUAUCAUCCCUUCGACACAACAUGAUCUUGCUAUCGCACCGAACUUUUUCCUCGAAGUGAAAGGUCCAGAUGGCUCAGCUGCUGUAGCCAAAGACAAUACGAUACGGCGCUAGGAGCGAGAGGCUACCACAGUCUUCGGUUCGUACAAAGCAGCCGAUCCGACGGUUCGAUAAUAAGGUUUACACUAUUGGCUGUACCUAUCAAGAUGGGACUUUGAAGAUGUACACGAGUCACCCAAUACCGUCCUCAGCACCG